CCUUUGCCUUCAGGAGCGCCAGGCCGUCACCGCAACCCUUGGUCCACACACUGGCGGCGGCAGCGCAGCGCCCGUGGGUACGCCAGACACGCGGGAGUGAUGCUGCUCCGUAAGAUGUGCUCUGUCCGUCCCGCCGGCCAUUGACCUUCCCUAUCACGGUGAUAACCAACGGGCGUACGUUAUGAACGGGCCGCCGAGGGUGCGAUAGCAGUAGUAGUCAGGCCGGGACGCCGCGGGUAUACACGAGGGAGAGGCUCUGGCCGUGGCUGGUGUAAUGUGUGAGCCAGUGGGUUUUGGGUGAGGCCUGUCACGCCAUGAAGCUCGCCGCGCCCCUCUUGCUCCUGCUCCUGCUGAUGGGAGGGGCAGCCGGGGUGUGUGGGAGGCAGGGGAAGGCUACAUCGCUGGACCAGUUCAUGGAGGAGGUGCGGGGAGCGCUGGCCAGCCACUGGGAGCUGCUGCAGAACCUUCGCUACCAUACGCUGGGCAUCAAGGUGCGUCUGGUCCAGCUGGAGGCGCAGAUACAGAACCUCUCGGAGCACCUGCACGCGGGGAAGGGCGGCCAGGACACAGAACCGCACGAUAUUGGGGAGCGAGGAUCUUGUAGGAAUGGGGACGGAACUAUCGGGGAUGUCGCGGAAGAAGUCGCUGAAGGAGGAGGAGGAGGAGAGGUUGAUGACGAAAUGCAAGACCUGUUGGAGGCCAUGAGGAAUCUCACGGAAGUGUACUCCACCCUCGCCGCCGCUAACAGGCUGUGCGGCGGGAUAAAACCUGAAAACGACGGGAGGGCCUCGCUGGGGCCUCAUACCACAACCCUCACCACCACGCCGCCCACUGACGAGGAGGUGACGCAGGAGAGCGGGACCGAAGACAGCCUGCACACUAACGUCACGGCGGAGAUCGGCUCAACGGCUGUCCUGAACUGCCGCCUCGACCGCAUCCAAGACCCAGAGCAAGUCUCAUGGAUUCGUGUGAGGGACCAGAACUGGCUGUCACAAGGGAGGCACAAGGUGGCGGCCAACGAGGCAAGGAUCUCCGUGGACUUCUCUGACGAGGCGCUCCACUACUACAGGCUGUUCCUCGAGGACGUGCGGCGCGAGGACGAGGGCGCCUACGAUUGUCACUUGUCCACCACCCCGAGUCUUCGCCGAACGAUCUGGCUGACGGUCGCUGACGCCCCUCCUUCGCCUCCCCAUCUGACGCAGCUCCCGCAGGACACGCUUACUGUGGAGGGGCAGGACGUGACUUUGAUUUGUAUGGCGUCAGGUUCCCCGCAGCCGUCUGUUACCUGGACGCGGAACAAGCUACAGGUGUCCCCCUCGGCAAGGCAUCGGAUCUCACCUGCCGGGGAUCUAACUAUCAGGGACGUGCGGCGAGGGGAUGCGGGGCGGUACGAGUGUCGCGGCGUGAACUCAGAGGGCGAGGCGAGGGGCGCGGCGCUACUGACGGUGCGGCAGCCGACCAGGAUCGUGCGACCACCUCGGGACAGGGAGCGACUGGUGGGGGACAAGGUGGUGAUGAGGUGUCGGGUGGAGUGGGACGAGGGCACGCCGCUGCUGCUGGAGUGGCUGAAGGACGGGGAGGUGAUCGAUUUCUCCGACGCCGCCUUCGGGAACCGGUUUUCGCUCCUCCCGAACAACGCCUUGGUGGUAAGCUUCGUGCACCUCCAGGACGCGGGCGUGUACACCUGCCGAGCCUCCACCCCGUUCGAUUCCACCUCCGCUGCCGCCACCCUCACCGUACGACGAACAGUACCAGCCGGGACCUCAGCCACCGCCACCACCACUACCACCAUCACCGCCGCCGCCGCCGCCACCACCACCACCGCCGUCCUCCGCCUUGACUACUGCCCACCGCCCUUCGACAGGAUCCAGAAACACGUGUGCGUCAAGGAGGUCACCCACAUGAAGCUCAGUUGGGACGAAGCGGCGGAGCAUUGCAGGUCGCAGGGUGGACAGCUGGCGUGGGAGGCCGAGGGAAAGCGUGUCAUUCAAGACUUCCUCGAUGUACGCUUCGGGCUGGGACGGAGCAAGACGUCGGCGAGUACUCAGUGGCCAUUCUGGGUCGGAGGGCGAGAGGGCGAUGACGGUGAGUGGCGGUGGCUGGACGGGGCGCUUGUAUCGGUUGACGUUUGGGCCCCGCACCACCGCAGACCCUCGGGCCGCCGCGCUGCCAAGGGGGACUGGUGUCUCAUGCUGGACGGCUACCAGGGCUACAACGGCACCGCCCUCCCUUGCCACUCCAAACGGUACUUCCUCUGCCGCCUGAAGUGAGCCCCUGCCCUGCCACUUCCCUUUCCUGUCACCCCAAGGAAUACUAAUGUCGCCCGGAGUUUCCUGAAGGCGAAGGGACACUCGAUUUGAAGUACUGGUAAAGGAGGUGUUGACUUUCUCGUUGACAACUCUGUUGCCCGGAGUGUGCGUCAAGACGACGAAACAAGACUCAAAACACACUCCAGUCCUCACUAAUAUUCUGCGC